CGCCCCACUUGUACCCUUAUCGGACACCAACCCAAUCGCCCUCCGGGAGAGCGGCGAUCUCCCUCCACUCUGUUGCCCGUCAUAUCGCCUCGGCUUGCCGUGGUCUUUUCUUCCGGUUAUUAGACGAAAUCUCGAGAGCCCGAGGCCUAUUCUUGGAAAUCUUGAGACGAGGAAGAGGACUUGUUUUCGUUGUUCGAUUUGUUACAAUUUGGAUCUUUUCUUCGCUAGCUUGAGUGGUCGAUCUUCUGGCCCGGUGAGAGAUGCCUCGGACGGUCUCCCGGUCCCCUUCUUAUAGGAGAAGACGGUCUCCUUCUCCUAGAUACAGCAGCCGGAGAAGCAGAAGGGAUCGCAGCCGCUCCCCUUAUUCUUAUAGGAGGAAAAGUCGUUCUCCUUCUCCAAGAUGGCGUAAAAGCCGUUCUCCGAGCCUUCGGAGACGUAUUAGUCGUUCUCCAUCGCCAAGGCGACACAAGAGACAAAGGAGUAGGAGCAUGUCAACUUCGCCUGUAAACAAGUCUGAAAGCCCUAGUCUUGUGUCCAUUGAGCAAAAAAAUGCUCUUGAGAGACAAAGACAAGAAGAAGAAAAGAAACGGCGACAAAAGGAAGCAGAACUUAGAAUUCUGGAAGAAGAAACUGCUCGAAGAAUUGAAGAAGCCAUAAGGAAGAAAGUCGAGGAGUCUUUGAACUCUGAGGAGAUCAAGCUUGAAAUACAAAGACGAAUUGAAGAAGGUCAUAAGAAACUACUUGAUGAGGUUGCUGCCCAACUUGAAAAAGAAAAGGAAGCAGCUCUUAUAGAGGCAAGGCAGAAAGCGGAACAAGAACGGAAGGAGAGGGAGGAGUUGGAUAAGAUGCUCGAGGAGAAUCAAAGAAGAGUCGAGGAGUCUCAAAGAAGAGAAGCUUUAGAGCAGCAGCAAAAGGAGCUGGAGCGUUGUCUAGAGCUGGAACGUAUGCAGAAAGAAAAGGAGGAAGCAAUGCGAAGAAAGAAAAUGUGGGAGGAAGAAGAAAAGGCUAAUCAGAUGAAGCUAUUGGGAAAGAACAAAUCUCGCCCUAAGUUGUCAUUUGCUAUAGGUUUGAAGUGAGAGACUCCCCAAUUAGUUUGGCUUUUACAUUCUAGAUGAGUUGCGAUGUUCUAGAACUGGUGUUUUCCGCACUGUUGCCAGUUAAUUUACCUAGCGAGGGGGACUCUCUUACGUCCUGCCUUCACUCUAUGAAGGAGGGAUGGUAUUGGUCUUGUGUAUAAAUCACGGACAUCCAACUGCUUUUCACAUCUUUUUCUUUGCC